AUCAGUAUAUUAAAAAUGAUAUUUUAUUAAAUAAUGAUAAAAUUAAGAAAGUUAUUACUAAGUUAUUUUAUGAGAACAUAUAUGCAUCUGAGACAGCUCAGACUAUAGCAACAUAUAUACAAGUAGCUGAUGAUCUCAUUGCUACAAAAGAAAUAUUUAACAAUGAAGAAAUUAUUGCUACA